AUGGUUUGCACUACACAGGGUGAUCCACCAAUUGAAGGCAUCGUCUUAGAUGAUGACUGGUGGAGUGGUGCCAUAGGAAAACCUGAUGGCAUAUGCGUACAAGCUGAUGUUUUUGAGGAGAUGGAAAAUCUCCGAUUUCUUGUGAUUGGCCAUAAUGCUUUCAAUUUAGUCUUGCCGAAGGAUGGGUUGAAAUGUGUAUCAAAUAUGCUGAGAAUCCUUGAAUGGGACUCGUUUCCGUCUAGAUGCCUGCCACCCAAAUUCUCUGCUGAAAAUCUCGUCACGCUUGGUUUAACAUGCAGCAAGAUUGAACGACUUUGGGAACACAAUGAAUUUAACGUGGAUCUUGGGAAUUUGAAAACCCUUAAUCUUAAGGGAUCCAAGAGCCUAAGAAAGUUGCCUGAUCUCUCUACAGCAAAGAGACUCGAGAGUAUGCAUCUCUCUGGAUGUGUGAGCUUAGAGGAGCUCCCCACCUCAGUUUUGGAUCUUCCCCUGUUGGAAACCCUCCAUGUGAGUGAGUGUAUCAGCCUAAAAUGGGACAACUUGGAAGAUUAUGUAAACUGCAGUCCAGAACAGAGUAGCCACCCUUCAGGCAUCUUACCCAGCCUGAAAUUUGUGAACCUAGCCAUCACUCCAAUUCAAAAGGUCCCUAGUUUUAUUACCCACUCGCCGGUUCUGACACUGGACUGCGCCGAUUGCACAGAGUUGACAGAAUUUGCAGCAAUCCCAAGCCUGGAAAGAUUAGACCUGACUUAUAGUCUGAUUGACGAGGUGGUGGAGUUGGAAAAGCUGACCAAGUUGAAGCACCUCAACCUUUCGCAGAACAAGCAUCUUAUAAUUCUCAUCUCUGGUGACUUCCCUAAGUCGAAUUCUCUGGAGAUGAUCGCCCUGGAAAGUUGUACCAAGUUGUCCCGCCUUCCUCGUAGCAUUGGUAAUCUAUUGCAUUUGACAAAUCUUGAUCUGAGUCGCACAGCAUUGGAGGAGCUUCCAUCGUCCAUUGGAGAUCUCACAUUACUGUCGGAAUUGCUCCUCACCGGCUGCAAGAGUCUAGUAUGCCUCCCUGACACCAUCCACAAGCUAUCCAACUUAAACAUACUCAAACUGGAUCAUUGCUAUCAGCUGUGCCAUUUACCAAUGCUCCCAUCAUCCUUGAAAGAUUUGGAUGCACAUGGCUGCAAGUCGCUUAAAACCAUGUCAACUGAUACUGCUGAGGCACAAAUGAUGACAUUGUCGGUCCCGGAAUAUACUCGCUGGUGCUUUGGCUGGUGCUGGGAGUUGGAUCCAGUAGCAUGCAGUAAGAUGGUGGAUAAGUUUACCCAGGAUCUGGUUCGAUGCCCCAAAUCUUCUCACCUUUUAGUGCCGGCAAAAUGGGUAUCGAAUAGUAGUAGCGAAGAAGGAAGCAUAAUGGGAUCUUCUUAUAAGUCUAGGGCAACAGCAAAGUUGCAUGGACAACCAUGGAAGUUGAAGUCCCUAUUCUUUUGCAUCCUACUGAAUACCCUGCCCCUUCGUAAGCUCCAGAACUCGUACAUGAACUGUUUCUUGAUCAAUAAUGAUGAUGAUAAGGUUACCCUCGAAAUGAAAACGAGCACUAUCUCUUGGUUACUCCGAGGAAAUAAUAAAGAUGAGGAAGAAGACGAGGACGAGGAGCUUCUCUCUAACGAUCACCUUUUACUAUGGUCCGCUGAUAGGUACACCGAUACGGUGAGAACAGUACAACGUGUGGCUGAAAAAGCUGUCCGUGCAGAUGGUGCUACCAUUGAGUUCUCUUUUCACGGCAGAUACUCUAGUAAAGAAGAGGGGACAGAAACAUCCAUCUUGAUCAAGAAUUGUCGGGUUAUUCCUGUGUACGAGGACAGAGUAGUGACAUAUGAAGAGGAGGAAGAAGAUCAGUAUCCAGUCAACCUCCGGGGAUUAUAUGAUCAGAUGUGCAGCGGCCAGUAA